UCCGACAUUAUUGUGCAACCCCAGUCCCCCUCCUGUAAAUUACAACCACGACCAAACAAAUUCCCGUGUGAGCCAAAAGUCAAACUCAAAAUUUUCCACAGCUUUCCCAACUUCAUAGGCAACAUAUAUUGAAGGCCACUCCUAAACUUCAACGAAAAUACCCAUUUCCUUCACCAAAAUCAAAAUAAUUGAAUCCAAGCGUCAAAAAAUCUCCACACACUGACUUGAAAACACGAAACUUCCAAGAAUUUCACCUUUAAUUUAUGCACUACGCCCUCAAAAGAGAUAUAAAAUGCCCAUUUUUGCUUUAAACUCCUCAUAUCUCUAGGUUCUUCUCUCCAUCGAAACAAUACGGCCGUUUUAAAAGCCUCUUACAGACGAUUGAGAUGAACUCGACGACCCAAACCGACGAUGUUUCGAACACGGGGUUGCAUUUGACAUCUAGAUUGGGGCAUGUGGACAUGGCAUGUCCUGAUAUGGUGGUGGCUGAGAACAAGAAAUUGGAGACGCCAUUUCAUGAAGCUUGCCGCCAUGGACAUAUCAAUGUCGUGAAGAUGCUUCUUGAGGCCAAUCCUGACGUUGCUUGCAAACGCAACUCUGAGAACCAGACUCCAUUUUUUCUUGCUUGCUCUAAUGGCCGCCUUGAUGUGGUUGCCUAUUUACUGGCUAAGCUUGGAAUCUCCAGCUGUUUGGAAGACGACGACGCUCUCGCUCUCGACCAAUCUUGUAUUCACGCCGCCGCAUCGAAUGGAUACACAGAUGUUGUGAGAGAGUUGAUCAACGCUAGUCCGAAACUGGCUCACGUGGCGGACUCAAAUGGAAACUUGGCGUUGCAUAUAGCGUGUAGCAAAGGGCAGAGAGAGAUGGGUUGGACUCUCCUCCAGCCAGAUGUGAACAUGGCCAUGCAAUACAACAACAAUGGCUACACGCCCCUGCACUUGGCCGCCAUGAAUGGCAAAGUUGCAGUCCUCGAAGACUUCGUGUCAACCGUGACUUCGUCGUUCUACCACUCCACCAAAGAGGGGGAAACCAUCUUCCAUCUCGUCGUUCGGUACGGCCGCUACGAUGCCUUUAUUUACUUGGUCCAUGCCUGGAAUGGCACCAAUCUCUUGCAAUCUCGUGAUCGCUACAACAACACUGUUCUUCACCUUGCCAUCGCCGGACAACGUCAUGAGAUAGCGGAGUAUUUGAUCAGAAAAACAGGGGUGGAGCUAAAUUCCCGAAACUACAGAGGCCACACCCCUCUCGACGUCCUCGAUCAACAGGCCCGCGAAACUCCCGAAAAUCGCCGGAUCGAGAGCCUACUAAUCAAAGGAAAGUUGUCCCUCUUUUCCGAGAAUUGA